AUGGUCUCUUCUCUGUGUGCGGUCUCUGUGUUUGGUCUCUGUGCAGUCUCUGUGUGUGGUCUGUGUGUGUGGUCUCUGUGUGCGGUCUCUGUGUGCGGUCUCUGUGUGCGGUCUCUGUGUGUGGUCUCUGUGUGUGGUCUCUGUGUGCGGCUUCUGUGUGUGGUCUCUGUGCGUGGUCUCUGUGUGCGGUCUCUAUGUGCGGUCUCUGUGUGCGGUCUCUGUGUGCGGUCUCUGUGUGCGGUCUCUGUGUGUGGUCUCUGUGUGCCGUCUCUGUGUGCGGUCUCUGUGUGCGGUCUCUGUGUGUGGUCUCUGUGUGCGGUCUCUGUGUAUGGUCUCUGUGUGCGGUCUCUGUGUGUGGUCUCUGUGUGUGGUCUCAGUGUGCGGCCUCUGUGUGUGGCCUCUGUGCGUGGUCUCUGUGUGUGGUCUCUAUGUGCAGUCUCUGUGUGCAGUCUCUGUGUGCGGUCUCUGUGUGCGGUCUCUGUGUGCGGUCUCUGUGUGCCGUCUCUGUGUGCGGUCUCUGUGUGCGGUCUCUGUGUGUGGUCUCUGUGUGCGGUCUCUGUGUGCGGUCUCUGUGUGUGGUCUCUGUGUGUGGUCUCUGUGUGCGGUCUCUGUGUGCGGUCUCUGUGUGUGGUCUCUGUGUGUGGUCUCUGUGUGUGGUCUCUGUGCAGUCUCUGUGUGCCAUCUCUGUGUGUGGUCUCUGUGUGCGGUCUCUGUGUGCGGUCUCUGUGUGUGGUCUCUGUGUGCGGUCUCUGUGUGCGGUCUCUGUGUGUGGUCUCUGUGUGCGGUCUCUGUGUGCGGUCUCUGUGUGCGGUCUCUGUGUGUGGUCUCUGUGUGCGGUCUCUGUGUGUGAUCUCUGUGUGCCGUGCCGUCUCUGUGUGCAGUCUCUGUGUGCGGUCUCUGUGUGUGGUCUCUGUGUGCGGUCUCUGUGUGCGGUCACUGUGUGUGGUCUCUGUGUGUGAUCUCUGUGUCUGGUCUCUGUGCAGUCUCUACAGCAAGAAGGUGGUCGUGUGCAAGCCGGGAGGAGCGCCCUCUCUUGGGCCUGAGUGUGCCAGCACCUUCGUCUUGAUCCUGAACUUCCAGCCUCCAGAGAACACUGAUCAAAUCACUGAGAAACGGCACAGGGCCAGCAGCUGCUUUUGGAUUUUGAUAAGGAAACGAUUUAAUGAGGACCCCUAG